AUGGAUUUAAUCACGCAGUUGACUGAGAUGGUUGGGGAAACACAGUUCACUAUUAUUGCAUGCACAUGCAUACUAUCAUUAUGCAUAUACUUAUCUGUACAGUUAUCCAGUAGGCGCCCAAUGUACUAUAAUAUAUUUGUUGUGGAAAUGCACACAUGGUCAGAAAGGAGAAUUGUUCAGGUUCUUCAUUUGGGUCAAGAGUACAAUCCGAAUAUGAGUUGGACGCGCAUUAUAUCGCGAAUGCGCGCGAGAGCACCACGCAUCGCGGGUGAUACACGCGUCGCGAUUUCCGACACGAAUAUCGUUGUGUUAUCGCCGGUUACUGUUAUAGAAUCGCCGGCAAACGCGAUUUCUUUGGACCCGGAGCGUAUUACUUUAUGGGACAUAGAAAUGCCUCCAAGAACAGCGGAUCAUCCUCCGGAUUCGGCACGAGAUAGUCAAUAUGCGGCUGCCGCGGCAAUUGCGAUUCUUGCUAGAGGGGAUGAAUCAACUCUUGAAAAUGCCGGUCUUCUUAAUCAAAUGGCUGCAUCCAAUCCGUCGACGCACCGAUCAGCGGAAAGACACAUUAUUACCUAUUUGGAAGAAUUAAAUUUCUUACAGGUUCCUACACAACUUCCUACUCUUGAUUUGUCAGAAACUGAAGACAACGAGCCUGUUCCUUCAGAAAUCAUAACCACCGAUGUCACUUAUACGACACCUCAACUUCGUCGUAGCGACCGCCCAUUCUCAGCAACACUCGUUAACUCCCGAAACUCAAGACCGGCUCUUAUCCCACCACCAUCUCCACCAAUGGCGGUUCCGCCAUCUUCACCACAAGAUACUGAUAAUGAAACGACAGAAUCGGAAUCAGAAGAAGAACAGCCGCCGACGAUGGUUUCUGGAGAGAUCCUGUCUCAGGAGCCAUCAACUUCAACCGCACCACAACAUAAUGACGGAACUAUGUCAUUGAUUCGUCUCAAAUUCAUGAAUGAUGACAUGAAGGACACCUAUGCACAUCUCACCGAUACAGUAGCAAUGUACAAAAUUCGUGCAUUUGGCCAACAAAAGUCAUCGCAACAAGUUGUUCGUUUGAUUUAUCAGGGACAACUUCUUCGAGAAGAUAACAGAACUUUGGAAUCGUAUGGUGUUAAAGAUGGGUCAAUUCUUCACUGUCAUAUCAGUACAACGCCGUAUGCAUCACCUCCAACGAAUGAGAUAGAGCAAGGUAACAGGCGACGUUCCUACCGCCAGUCGCAGGAAACUCGUCGUCGAAACAAUCUCUUUCAUUCUCUUCCAGAUGACGACGACACUUUCGAGAAUCUCGAUCAUAUCCAUUUCGCUGAGCCGCAACCAGAGCCAUCAAUGUUUGCCGGACUCUUGAAUGCGUUCUACGAAUUGUCAGAGUCACUUCUACCGAUUUUGCUUGCCAUCGGUUUCGGAAUCAUGCGUACACGAGCGCCUCCGCGAAAUGCUACUGACGAACGCCGAUACAAUUUCAUUUUCAUUAUUUAUCAAUUUGCGCACAAUUACUUUAUGAACAACGGAAAUAUGAAUGGAUUCAACGUCGUUGAUAGAAUCCAAAGAAAUUCAUAUUCGUAUUUGUGGCUAUUUGGAUGCCAACUUGCCGCCAUUUUGUCCUUCAUUUGUUUCUUUCCCGAAGUUGUUGACAGGACGGCAAUCGGUCUCAUGGUCCUACUUAGCUUGUACUUCGUGUUCGUAGUGUAUAGAGGUGUUAAUGCCCGACAGGAGCCUGCCGAUGUGAUAAAUUCUACUGCAGUUCAACAACCGGUAGCGAAUGCUUUGUAA